UAAUUACUUAAUCCCUAAAGCAAACAAAUUAUCGCAAACUAGGAAAAUGUCAGCUAACGUUAACACUUUCUACGAAGCGGCUUUAAAAUACACGAAAAGUGCCGGCGAGCUAGUCCUUGAGAAAAUCUCUCUCAGCAAAAACGUAGCACUAAAAUCGUCUGAAAUCGAUUUGGUCACUGAAACCGACCAACAAGUGGAAAAACUACUCAUUCAGAACCUCAGUAAAGAUUUUCCCGAUCAUAAAUUCAUUGGUGAAGAGUCGGUAGCUGGUGGUAGUCAAUGUACAUUAACAGAUUCUCCAACGUGGAUAAUUGACCCAAUUGAUGGGACUAUGAAUUUUGUCCAUACUUUUCCACACUCUUGCAUAUCCAUAGCUCUAUUUAUUGAGAAAAAACCAGAAGUUGCAAUUAUUUACAACCCAAUGCUUGAUCAGUUAUUCACUGCCAAAAGAGGGCAAGGGGCUUAUUUGAAUGGGAAAAAAAUUCAAGUUUCUAAAGAAACUGAUUUCAAAAAAGCUUUGGUCAUGAUGGAGUUUGGGACAAGCAGGGAUCCUGAAAAGAUGAAAGCCGUUAUGGCCAAUCAGAACAUAUUGAUAACGCAAGUACAUGGUUUACGAGCCUUGGGAUCUGCAGCCCUGGACAUGGCAAUGGUCGCCUUAGGCGCAGCAGACGCCUAUUUUGAAUUUGGAAUUCACAUUUGGGAUUUCGCAGCGGGAGAACUAAUUGUUACAGAAGCUGGCGGAGUUGUUAUGGAUCCUUCUGGUGGUCCUGUUGAUAGAUUUUCGCGACGAAUUUUAGUAGCAAAUUGUCGAGAAAUUGCAGAACAGUUGUCUAAAAAGAUUGUUCAGUACCACCCAACACCUCGUGAUUAAGUCAUACUGUGCCAAAGAUAAUACUGUUAGUUACCUGUUAUGAAAAUGUUCGUGUUAGUGACUGUACUUCAUGUUAUUAAUAAAGAAUCUGUUUCAAUGAA